UUUUCACUCUGACGCCCUCUGACAUGCAGUCUGCUUCCUGAACCGCCGUCAGUCUCUAUACACCAUCAACAACAUGGCCAUAAGCAGAAAAGACAGCUUUCUCUGGGGGAGAGCUGCUCCAAAGCUCACCCCAGCAGAGAGGAGGCAAGGCGACAACACCAAGAUUCACAAAUCCGAGCUGCUGGAUGACAUUCAGAAGCUGAGGUUGGAGAUUGAUCACGUCAUGCCUGAAAUCCGCAGCCCUGAAACGAAGGAGUCAAACAAAAGUGUGGUAAGGAAGCGGAGAUUUCUACGAGGGAAGAAGAAAUUCAACAUGGACCCCAAAUCUGGUGUUCACUACCUGGUUGAAAAUGGCCUCCUUGAAUGGCAAGCACCAUCUGUGGCAGAGUUUCUUUACAAAGAGGAGGGACUGAAUAAGACUGCCAUAGGCAACUUCUUGGGAGAAAGGGAGGAAAUGCACCUGAAGAUCUUGAAAGCAUUCGUGGGUCUGCAUGAGUUCUCAGACCUGAAUCUGGUGCAAGCGCUGAGACAGUUUCUGUGGAGUUUUCGUCUCCCAGGAGAAGCUCAGAAGAUUGACAGAAUGAUGGAGGCGUUUGCAACGCGAUACUGUGACUGUAACCCAGGGGUCUUCCAAUCCACAGACACCUGCUACAUCCUGUCUUUUGCCAUCAUCAUGCUCAACACGAGCCUCCACAACCCCAACGUGAAAGACAAACCCAGCCUGCAGCGAUUCGUCUCCAUGAACAGGGGCAUCAACAAUGGCGAGGACUUGCCCACCGAGCUGCUUACGAAACUGUACGCGAGCAUCCGCAGUGAGCCGUUCAAAAUCCCAGAGGAUGAUGGGAACGACCUCACACUAACGUUUUUUAAUCCAGACAGAGAGGGCUGGCUGCUUAAAAUAGGGGGCCGAGUUAAAACCUGGAAGAGGAGGUGGUUCAUAUUGACGGACAGCUGUCUAUACUACUUUCAGUACACAACAGAUAAAGAUCCCAUCGGGAUUAUUCCUCUGGAGAACCUGUGUGUCAGGGAGCUACAAGACUCCAGCAAAUCGUACUGUCUGGAGUUAUAUAACCCCAAAGGACAAAAGAUCAAAGCCUGCAAGACCCAGAACAAAGGCAGAGUGGUGCAAGGUAAACACCAGUCUUAUAAGCUCAGCGCAGCCAGUGCAGAAGAACGGGACGACUGGAUACACGCCAUCAGGGCAAGCAUCACCAAGGACCCUUUUUAUGAUUUGGUAUCUCUACGCAAGAGGAAAGUCAUCAGCAACGCUUCUUCAUAGGACAUCACUGGGAGCAACAUCUGUGACGGGAAGCUCUUUAUGGAGAAAUCAUCCUGCACUUCUGUUUAAAAAAAGGACAACAAACAAAACCAAAAGUUAGCUGUGCAGAAUUUCACAGUGAUAAAAAAAAAGAAGAAGUGACACUUGCAGUAUAAAAGGAAAAAAGUGAACUACUUGUAACUUUAUAUGUAAAGUAUUUUCAGUACAUCUGCAAACUGCACGCACUGCUGCUCCAGUUUCAAUGACUCUCGACUCCUGUAAACAUCUGCUGAUGGCAGAAGAAGACUUUAGCUUGGCUUGCUACAGCCAUGACGGAUCUUUCAGCCUAUGAACCUCUGCAUGGAGCGACUGAAGUGACAUUUUGAUCAAACUGCGUCUAAAAAAUCCACAAUGACAAUGAAUGUCCCAAAAAAAAAAAAUGGAUAUGUGUAAUGUAUGUAUGUAUGUAGCUUUAAGUUUGAGUCUUAACACGUUUGACUAAAGUUCCAGUUUCUAAACCCUGAUCUGCUGUUCUCACGCUGCAGUUUCUGAUCAGUCAAUAAAAAGUAAGUAGCACUUUGUUAAACGGGCUCCAUGUGUUUUCACAGGAGACGUUAAGAAUGAACGUUCAUGAACUUGAAAGGAGCAGGUGAAUGAGCUCCUUUUCUUUAAUGAAAUUAUGCAAAUCCAUUUCCCUUCUUCCUUGUGAAUUGCUCUUCUUAAAGAAGCAGCAGCACGUCUACGUAUUCGCACAGCAACUGGGGGCUCAGCAUCUUGCUCACGGACACUUCGGCAUGCGGCAUGUUCCGGUGCUUACACAGCUAACCCUUCGGUUUGUGGACAACUUCCUCUACUUACCGAUCCACAGCCUCCCUUCAUUGCUGACUGAGGUUUAAAAGUAUUAAUUUUAAUUUAUAAAUUUGUGUACAGUGUUUUUGUGUUUAACCGUAUUUGGUCUAAGGGAUCUUUUGUGUUUGUUUUAAUUGCUGUUUGUAUAAUUUAAUUAUAUUGUACAAUAAACUUUUUUGCUAAA